AUAUUGCUCCAAGUAGAACAACUACCAACUAUAGAUAGGACGUUAAAUGAGCCUAUGAAGUUAUUGAGAGCAUCACAUAGAGGCGUAAAAUCGUUUAAAUGUGAAUUAUGUGGAAAUCAUUUUUUUGCAAAAUUUGAACGGAAUUCUGACAGUGAUGAAAGACCGUGCAAAUGCAGAAAAUGCGGAAAAACAUUUACACGUCAAUCAAAUUUAACUAGGCCCUUCAAAUGUGGAGAAUGCAAACAAGCAUUCAAACGUAAACAAAAUUUUACUGUACAUAUCCGUUCCCAUACGGGUGAAAAACAAUACAUAUGUGGUGAAUGUAAUAAAGGAUUUGCAGUUAAAUCAAAUUUGAAAAAACACGUCCGUGGGCAUACAGGUGAAAGACCAAACAGACGCAAAGUAUGUGGAAAGGGAUAUAAAGAGCAAGGCCACAUGAGAAAACGCAUGCGUUGCCAUAUUCGAGAUGAUCAAUUCAAAUGCAGGGUAUGUGGAAUGCGAUUUUCUAAUAUGCCAAUCCCCCUUUUCUUAUGGCUGUAUACAUCGGAUUCGAAUCAGCACGUGACUUAG